UGAAAGGUGUCACUCCUUCCUCUGCGUUUCCUCUCUUCUGCGCUGAUUCCGAGGAUAAACGCGCGUUCCUUCGGUUCAGAGCGCGUGACAGACUUUAACGCGUUUACCUCGAAACUUUCUGCGUGUUUCUGACAGAGGAUUUGUUGUUAAGAUGUUGUCUUUAUAUUCCCUUGUCAUUCAGCUUUCUUCUGUGAGUGUGUGUGUGCUGAGGCUCGGUUCUGACCCGGUUCCUCUGGACUCCAGCUCCGGGUGUGACUCCAGACUCAAACAUCUUCACGGACAGCAGAUGACCGUCCACCUGCCGCCCAACAUCACCGGUCACUGGGUGUCCAGCAGCUGCGAGGUGCGACCCGGCCCAGAGUUCAUCACUCGCUCCUAUCGCUUCUUCCCUGACCUCAGCUUCCAGGCGCUGCAGUUCUUCUCCCAGAACCCGGAGUGCAGCGAGCCCAGCUACAGCCUGCGGAUCCGGGGCAGCGUGCGUCCGCUGCGGGGCUCCUGGCUCGUCCGUGGAGGAUCUGUGUGUGAGUACCAUCUGAGCCGCGUCCAGCUGCUGUGUCACGGCCCUGCUCCGGAGCUCCAGCAGCGCAUGCCCUCCUCCUGCGACCUGCGGCAGCCGCUGCGGCCCGGACGGAUCUACGAGCUGUGGGACGAGCGGUGGGCGGCGGGUCGUGACUGCACCCGCGGCCUGGACUUCAGCAUGCAGGAGCUGCGUCUGAUGCGUCUGGAGCGCAGCGGUCAGCAGGAGGAGCUGUUCCUGGGAGACGUCCACACGGAGCGCGCUCAGAGGAGCCUGCACCAGCCCGCAGGCUACCAGACCCCCCUGCAGAGCGCCAAGACGGAGCGCUGUGAAGUCUGUCGGAUCGUGUCUUCGGCGGAUCUUCAUCAUCCUCCGGUUCUGCCGGUCCAGCCCGAGCGUCCGGUGCGUCUGCAGGGACACUGGGUGAGCACACGGUGUGAGGUGCGUCCGGGCGUCCUCUUCCUCACCCGACUGCUGACCUUCCACGAGGACAGCCAGACCUGGAGCGGUCAGUACGACCACUUCUCUGACCCCGUCUGCCAUCACCCCACCUUCAGCAUCUCAGCCAGCGGACGCUACACCCGCGGAGCUCCAUCCACAGCCAUCAGAGGAGCCGUCCAGUUCACCUUCACCGUGACACACAUGACGGUGACGCCGAUGGAUGUGGCCACCACGUCUCUGCUGAACGUGCUCCGAGGGCGAGCGUGUGGCUCCGAGGGCGAGUGGCAGCGGGGCGUCCCGCAGGACGUGACCUGGACCUCGGGCUGCGCGGCGCUGGGCGUGCGUCUGCCUCACACCGAGUACGAGCUCUUCCGCUCCGGACAGGACUCGUCUGGACACAGCCUCCUCUACAACGGACAGAGACCCAGCGAUGGCUCCAGUCCCGACCGGCCCGAGCGACGGCCCACCAGCUUCCAGCCGCCUCUGAGCCGCUGCAGCCGCGGGGAGACGGGCGAGCGGCGCGGGGGGCGCUCCAGACUGAGCUCGGGCUGCGCAUCACACACACUGCAGGGACUCCUGCUCUUGAUCCUGCUGCACAGCUUCAUCUAGAGACGCUGUGUCCCGCUCACACUCGCUCACGACCCGAGAGACUCGUGAAGGGGACACACACCUCUGAUGCUCAUCAUCUCUCCAUCCACACACGCUGAUCUGAUGCUGAACCACUCUACAGAUCCCAGAGGACCUGAUUGAAACCUCGUCCCGUGACACCCAAAUGAAUGAACACAUGAUCAGGGUUAUUAUCGUUAACUAAAACCAAAUCAAACAAAAAAAAUCAAUACUUGAAAUUAAAUGUUGCUUACAAUAAAAUGUUAAAAUGAUAUUUUUAAGCUUUCUGCUAGUUGCCAUGUCAACAUUUAUCAUUUUCAUAGUUUAUCUAAAAUAACUCAAAAAUUAUACACUAUCAGUCAAGUUUCUGAACAGUAAGAUUUUUAAUAAAGUCUCUUCUGCUCAC